AGGUGACUUACCAGCCCACGCAUACGGAAUCUGAUUAGCCUUAUCUGAAGCAAGAAGGUAAAUUUGCACUUACGCACUCCUGUGUAUUUUCAGGCAAAAUGAAACAGCUGGAAGAGCUUCCUGAGAGGAAGAGAGAUCAGCACGAAAAUGUCCAGGAAUCGGAAAAACAGCCUCUAUCAUCCGUCAAAAGCUCAGUCUUUUUGGUUCAGUGGAAACCAUGCAGAGAGACUCACUCAACAGUCAAAGAUUUUCUGUUGAAGUUACAACGUUGUUUGGGAGCAGUGUGUGGUAUGCAAUGGUAUGCCUACGCUACAUUGGGGAUUACAAUGGCAUUGCUCAGCUUCCUCAUGGACUUCAGUGUGGCCAAGAUGCUGGGGGCUCAGCAGUGGCUUUAUGGACAACUCGAGGGCAACUUUCUUCUGCAGUUCCUCUGUUGGACGCUCUACCCAGCAUGCCUCUGUGCUUUAGCAGCAACAUUCUGCCAGAGCAUUUGCCCCUUCUCCACAGGCUCAGGGAUCCCGGAGGUCAGAACCAUGCUGGCUGGCAUUGACAUGCCUCUCUACUUGUCUCUUACAAACAUGUUUUCCAAGUUCCUGGGCCUUUUCUGUACGCUGGCAGCUGGAAGCACUGUUUUCCUCGGCAAAGUGGGACCAUUUGUGCAUCUUUCCACCAUGUUUGCUGCCUACUUAGAUAAUAUGUUCUCUCUUCUACAAGGAAUCAAGAAGGAAAAAACCUCAGACAUGUUGGUUGUAGCUGCUGCAGUCGGAGUUGCCAGCUGCUUUGGAGCACCAGUUAGUGGUGUGUUGUUCAGUGUGGAGGUGAUGGGCUCCCACUACUCUCUGAGGCAUUACUUCCCAUGUUUCUUCUCGGCGGCCUGUGGAGCACUGACCUUCCGCUUCUUCUCUGUCUGGAGUGGAGAUAUGGAAACUGUUCAGGCGUUGUUCAAAACGAAUUUCCCCUCUGCUUUGCCUUUCUACCCACUGGAGAUUGUGCUUUUUGCUUUCCUGGGGCUGCUCUGUGGAGCUGUUGGCUGCUGCUAUCUCUUUUGCCAUCGGUGGAUCCUACAAUUUACCAAAACCAACCCGCUGUUUAUUAGGAUGCAGACAGAGAAGGGUCUGUACUCUGCCGGGGUCGUUUUUUUCCUGGCAUGCCUGACAUUCCCCCCUUCGACUGGACAGUACAUGGCUUCAGAGUACACCACGAAAGAGCUCCUCACCUCGUUGUUGGAUUGCAGACAGUGGAGCUCUUUAUCCCACAAUGCAUCAGUCCAUCAGGAGUUGUCACUAAAGUGGAACACCUCAGAAAUGCCGCUUCUCUUGUCUUUGGCAUUCUUUCUGCUCAUGAAGAUUUGGAUGUUGGUCCUUGCCUGCACUCUGCCUCUGCCAGCUGGAUACUUCAUGCCCAUGUUUGUCCUUGGUGCAGCUGGUGGUCGGCUGCUUGGGGAAGGAGUGGCUCAUGUCUUCUCCACUGGAGUAGUUUUUGGCCAUCAUUGGGAUUCUGUGUAUCCUGGAGUCUAUGCACUUGCUGGUGCAGCUGCCCUUUCUGGUGCUGUAACACACACACUGUCCCCAGCUCUUUUGGCUGUCGAGUUGACUGGUCAGUUCAGUCAUGCUGUACCCAUUCUUCUCGCCACUUUACUAGCCAAUGGGCUGGCUCGCUCCGGAAAUCGCCCGUCUUUUUAUGAUGCCAUCUCUAUCAACAAGAAAUUGCCGCACCUGCCGUCUCUGGUGAAGGCUUAUCCUCAGAUUUCCUUGACAACUGUGGCCCACAUUUUGGAAAAGGACUCAGUGCAACUCCAGAAAGCAGCUGGGCCAGAGGAGGUUCGCCACAUUGUCGUUGCCAGUGUUCAGCUACAAAUCCCUGUGGUGGACUCUGAAGAUUCCCAGAUUUUAGUGGGGUUUGUUCAGCGAUCAGAGCUGUUGAAGUUCUUACACCACUGUAAAACCCAGAAUCUGCAGCAGCAAAUGGAUGACGUUUGCUGCAUCCAACCAGUUUCUUCCCUGCUAUCUCCUUCCAGCACAGUUGACAUGGCCUACAGCAUGAUGAGUGUACUUGAACUGCAGACCCUGUUUGUGGCAGAUAAAGGAAAACUAGUGGGGUGUCUCACAUGGUCAAAGAUGAAAGAAAUACUGCAGGCUUUGGCCAAAGAGAACUAGUGUCACCAACCCAGUCCAUUAUGCCAUACGGAUACAUUUACAUUGGAUUAGCACAGUGUUUUUCAGCCAGUGUGCCGUGAGAGAUGACCAGGUGUGCCGUGGGAAAACAUGAAUGCUCACUGAUCUUAAAAAUCACCAGAAUAUCAGCUCUGUGUUUAUCAAAAAAGGCUCAAGCUUCAAACUAAUUAGUUUGCCAAGACCUUUGUGAAGCUUUUCAAAAUAAAUGCACCAGAUUUCUCAGCA